CCGCGCGACAAUGGCGGCUUUGCCUCAGGAUUAUGUCUCCAAGCCUGGGCAUGAUGACAACUCAGAGACUCCUGGCUCUGAGGGGAAAACAGCCCCACAGCCGCCUCUAGAGGAUACUUUUUAGGACCGUAAAACCGAGUCCCACAGGGAGCGGGGUAGCCUUCAAGACAUCAGGUUUGGGGGCUUCUCUCGGACUAAGGAAGCGUUUUCUAAAACAACCUCCUGCCGGAGGUAACUCAGGCAGAAGCUCCUUAGUUCAUUAAAAGCCAGACCUGGAAGGAAACGUCUCUUACAAAGGCAGAGCUAGAGAUUCCUAAGGAGACUGAGGCAGAGAUUUCUCUGGGUGCCCAAGUCCAGUCCCAGAGAGUUAAAGCCAGGAAACUAAGCUUGCGGACUUAGUAGGAUCUCUCAACAAACUAAACUUGAGGAUUUAACAGGGUGCUGAGAAAAAGUUCCUUUCAAUGGCAGAACCAAGGAUUCCUAAGGAGACUGAGACAGAGACUUCUCAGAACAUGGAAGUUGAGCGUCAGAAGAAAACAGAGCCAGAGAUUCCAGAGGCAACUAAGCCUGGGGUAGGAAUAAAACCCACAUUUUGUAAGGAAAGCAAAGUAGAGUUGAAAAAAUAUAGGUAUUCCCUUGAAAGCAGUGAGGGUGAGAUAGAGGGCAAGGUUUUGGAAUCCGCCACAGAUGAGGAACCACAGGUGUCCUCCUCAGACAGUGCAAUAGAGGCAUCUAAACAACUCUUAAACCUUCAGAGGCUUUCUAAGACCAGAAGCAGGUCCUUAAAAAUUCAGUCCUUACAUGAGCUUAAGAAAGAAAGUAUUGAUGGAAAGAGAUCUAAAAAAGCUAGUAAGGAAAUGAAGAAAAAAGAGGUAACUGAGCCUCAACCCAGUCCAGAACCCAAGAUCGAAAAAGAAGCAGAAGAUAGAACUGAUAUUGAGAAAGAACCUUUUCACUACUUCAAAUGGACCCCAGAAGAUGUUGCAGAGUGGAUUAGCCAACUAGGGUUUCCCCAGUACAAGGAAUGUUUUACAACAAAUUUCAUCAAUGGCCGAAAACUCAUCCAUGUUAAUUGUUCAAACCUUCCUCAGAUGGGGAUAACAGAUUUUGAGGACAUGAAGGUGAUUUCACGUCAUACACGGGAACUACUUGGAAUUGAAGAACCAUUAUUCAGUCGCAGUAUUUCCCUUCCCUACAGAGACACCAUCGGCUUAUUUUUGGAACGAAAAGCUCGUACUGGGAAAAAAGCUGAUGCUUUGACCCUAUCUCAGUUUGUCGAAGAUGCAAAGUUAGAGGACUAUGUUCCUGAUGAAAAGAAAGUUGAUCCCCAACAACCAAAAAAAAAACCCUAUUCACUUAGUUUAAAAGAUCAAGUUAAAUUAAUAUAGAAGUGGAUUUCUGCUCCCGCCCCCCAAACAAGGAUUCAAGAGUCAAAACUAUUGGUUCUUUUCCUAGUUCUACUACUGAUUCAUUACAUCUGCUGUGUGAUAUUUUAUUCUUUAUAGUGAAGAUCAUAAUACAUAAAAUUGAUUUAA